CACACUCUUUAAGUUUGCUUGGUGAUCUCCUUUACAAAACCAUGGCAGGAGACCGGUCAGAUCAUCGGGUGCUGCAGUAUGAACAAAGUCUUAUGUAUGGGCGCUACACCCAGGAGCUCGGGGUGUAUGCCAAAGAGGAGGCUACUCGGCUGAAGGAAAGUGGGGAGAAGGUCAGUCAGCGAAGCCGGACACUGGAACACGACAAUGGACGCUGUGCCAAGUUCGGCCCAUUUCGCUGGCUGAGGUUCCUGAUCUCAUUGAUCGGGGAGGACUGGAUCUUCUUCUUCCUGUUGGGGAUCCUCAUGGGCCUAGCCAGCUGGGCAAUGGAACUGGGCAUCAACAUGCUCCUAAAAGGACAGAAGUGGGUAUAUGGCAGACUGGACAGUAAUGGGUUCCUGCAGUACCUGGGCUGGGUCGGCUAUUCUGUUGCUCUCAUCGUGUUUUCUGCCGGCUUCACCCAGAUCGUCUCCCCACAGGCUGCUGGUUCAGGGAUUUCGGAAAUGAAGACCAUUCUACGAGGAGUAUUACUGAAAGAAUAUCUCACCUUCAGGACCUUCGUGGCUAAAGUCAUCAGUCUCGCUUUUGCCUUGGGUAGUGGUAUGCCCCUUGGCAAAGAGGCUCCCUUUGUACACAUCGCCAGCUUGUGUGGCGCUCUCCUCUGCAAGUUGCCUGUGUUUCGAGGAAUCUAUGAGAAUGAGUCCAGGUACAGAGAGAUGCUAGCAGCAGCCUGUGCUGUGGGAGUAGGCUGCGUUCUUGCUGCGCCCGUAGGAGGUGUGCUCUUCAGUAUUGAAGUAACAUUCACAUUCUUUGCUGUGAGGAGCUAUUGGAGAGGGUUUUUUUCCGUCACCAUCGCUGCCUUCUUUUUCAGGGUAUUGGCUGUGUGGUACAAAGACGAAGAGACCGUCACAGCCCUUUUUAGAACCCAUUUCCAGGUAGACUUUCCCUUUGACCUCAAGGAGAUGCCUGCCUUCGCUUUGCUUGGUAUUAUCAGUGGUUUUGGUGGGGCUUUGUUUGUCUACCUAAACCGACGGAUUGCCCUGUUCAUCAAGAAACAGAAGCUCUUCAACACAUUCCUCAUGAAAAAAUGUCUUGUGUAUCCAGUGAUGGUCUCUUUCCUCAUUUCGUCACUAUUGUUUCCUUCUGGUUUUGGACAGUUUAUGGCUGGAGAGCUGACACAGAACGAGGCUUUGGUCACAUUACUGGACAACCGCACAUGGACUAAAGACGGCAUCGCUGAAGAGUUUGACUACAUUGGAAACGCACGAGUCUGGAUGCACCCACAAGUCACCGUCUUCGGCACACUGGCCCUUUUCACCAUAAUGAGAUUCUGGAUGUGUGCCUUGGCCAUCACCAUGCCAGUGCCCUAUGGAGCCUUCAUGCCAGUACUUGUCAUUGGGGCCGGCUUGGGGCGUCUGGUUGGAGAAUGCAUGGCAUACUGGUUCCCGGAAGGCAUUCAUGCAGGUCAUGCUAUCUAUCCCAUAGUGCCAGGAGGCUACGCUGUGGUGGGUGCUGCAGCUUUGUCCGGAGCAGUCAGCCACUCAUUUUCCACCGUGGUCAUGGUGCUUGAGUUGACUGGACAGAUCUCCCACCUUCUGCCGGCCCUGAUAGCAGUGGUCCUGGCCAACCUUGUGGCCCAGUCCCUGCAGCCCUCCAUCUAUGACUCCAUCAUCAAGAUAAAGAAGCUUCCCUAUCUCCCAGAGCUGGGCUGGGGUCAGCACGAGGUGUAUAACAUUCGUGUGGAGGACAUUAUGGUGCGCGACGUGCAGUACAUCACACUCAGCUGCAGCUACAGAGACUUGCUAAACAUCCUAAUGAAAAGUCGACUAAAGGCUCUACCCCUGCUCACAUCAGCUGAGUCAAUGAUCCUGUUGGGUUCCAUUGAGCGUACCCAGCUCCAGUCGCUGCUCUCGCAGCAGCUCAGCUGUGCCAGACGUCUGCAGUGCAUCAAAGAACGAGGCGCUGAGGCGAAGAAGCUCCUCUCCACUGAGUCGAACCCACCCAGCAAUAACAACAGCAGCCUGCAGACAGGCCCGGAGGAAGGCCACAUCCAGGUCACUAAUGAGGAGCUGAACCCGCCGCCUGUGGUGGAGCGACCCACUGAGCUUUCCAACAGCUCACGAGAUGAAUCAGGAGUCACACUGAGAAGCAUUUUCUGUGCUAGUUCAGAUGCAGAAGAGGUACAAGAUGAUCGAGAUGUUCAAGAUCCCACUAGUGAGAUUACAGACUGGGAGGCAAGGCAACUUGAUGAGAGGGUCAACUUCAACAACUGCAAGAUUAACCCUGCCCUGAUCCAGCUGCUGGAGUGUACAUCACUGCAUAAGACCUACACCAUCUUCUCUCUGCUGGGCCUCGACCACGCCUACGUCACCAGGAUCGGACGCCUCAUCGGGGUGGUUUCCAUCAAAGAACUCCGUAAAGCCAUAGAUGGCUCAAUGACUCUGAAAGGUGUGAAGGUAGCCCCCCCUAUGGCCACCUUCAGGAACAGCAGCUUGAGCAGCAGCCAGAAUGAGACCACCUAUCUCCAAGCUGUGAGGCCACCAGAAGAGCACGUCACCGAUGCACCAAAGCACGUCUGCUGACGUGACCAACGGCAAGUCUCGGGAGGAGAAGGAGGAAAUGUCAAAGUGCUCAAGUCUUUAAUCUCCCAAAGCUACACGUGCAAAAAUCAAAUACAGACAGUGCAAUGUGUAUAGGUCUGUACAUUAGGGGGGCAGAUGCCUCAGCUUUUGUGUUUUCCUGUUUCCACUCUCAUUCCUUUCUUCUUCACUGACAUACCUAAUAGUCAGGUGUUAAUUGUCAUAUAUUAUUGGUUAUGUCUUAAUAGUCAGGCUGAGAGCUGAACCUGUGCAAGCAGACGUGCUCCCUGCCAGUGAUGGAGGCACCUGUAGCUAAUUUCAUCCUGUCGCCACAGCUCUCACAGGCAUAGAAACACACCUGGAUUGUUGUCCAAAUGCUCAUUUCACAAGUGCCUCCUCUUCGUUAUCACCAGGAAUAAGCAGAGAGUGUGAGUGUGAUAAGUGAGGUUUUCCCAAAGGAGAGCAGGGGCGCGGGGAGUCAGUUUGACCACAUUCCACUCGUACUAAAACUUUAACCACAUGUGAAUUUUCCACGUACUAUGUAGUAUGUUCAGAUUAAGGCUUAACUGUUACAAUUUCAUUAAAGAUGAAGGAUUUGAACUAAAAAAAAUUUGAUGUGAUAUUUUUCAGUUUCAUGACUCAAAAUAGUUGCUUCAUAUUUACUGAGGGUAAAAAUUGCUUCUUUUUGUGUGGAGUUUAACCCUCACCCAACCAGACCGAGUCGAACAAUAUCCUGACCUAUCUCACCUUUACACCAAAAUCAGACAUUGUGUUGUCAAUCAACAGUGAAUAAAUGCAUGACAUUUUAACAAA